UUCAGGGUUUUUACUAAGAUCUUAAAAAUUUCAUCUGUUGGUGGACAACUAUGCAGAAGAUUAACUCAUUUAAAUUCAAUCUUUGAAGAUAUUAAGAAAAAUAGCUUUGUAUCACUUAAAUGCAGGAAUUUAAUAUCUGCCAUAAUAGUGGAUGUACUAUUGGGAAUUCUUGUGACUAUAUUAAUACAAAAAUAUAUUGAAUUAAAUGAACUCUUAGAAGCUGUCUUGAUUCAUACAAAUUAUGUAGUGAAUGAACUUCAGAAAUUAUUAUAUUGGCUCAUGGGAGUUCCUGCAGGUUUAAAAUUAAAUAAACCAUUAAAUAAUGCAUUGGGUCAUUUUUUCUUAUAUCAUAUAUAUUUAUGGAAAACUUACAUGGCAAUCAUCAAACCAGUAUUUAUAUUUAUUAUGGAAUCUUUUACAUUAAUUGGGAUGUUAGGUGUUACAUUUUUGUUAACAUUGUUCAAUGAUUUGAUAUCAUUAGCUACCAUCCAUAUUUAUUGCUUUUAUGGAUAUGCUGCAAGAUUAUUUGGAUUGCAAGCAUUGGGAAUGAGUGCCUUAUGGAGAUUGUUCUGGGGAAAGAAAUGGAAUCCUCUGCGUCAGCGUGUAGAUUCUUAUACGUAUGAUGUACAUCAGUUAUUUUUAGGAACCUUGAUGUUUACAAUCUUGCUCUUUCUGUUACCAACUGUUAUGUUGUAUUAUGUUGUUUUUACUGUGCUCCGACUUCUAGUUUUAAUGAUUCAAGGCAUCAUUGGCAGAACUGUUAAUCUUCUUAACACAUUACCUGCAUUCGUCAUUUUAUUAAGACUAAUGGGAUCUUCUAGAAUGAAAGGUGAUGUACAGUUUACAGUUACUACAAGUCCAGAAAACGGACCGACUAUAUUAUAUAUGAAAGUUAUCCACAUUCCUUACAUGUCUGUAGUGCAGAUGACACUUCCUUCAGAUGAAACAGAAGAACAGAAACUCUCAUGGAAGUUUUUAUUAUCUAGUUUAAUUUGGGGUAGAAUUAUAUAUCCACUGUAAUUAAAACUAAUUACAGUAACUGUAAGUAAGAUAUCGUGGAUUCAGACUAAAUAUGUUUAAUGUGGAAAAAAGUUGUUUUUUAGCAAAUGUUAAUCUAUGUGAACUAAUCAAAAAUGAACCAAGCUUUUGGUACAAUUUUUUUUACAUAACACAAACUCUUAUCACACUAUCUUCAAAGCUACAUACUUCUGCCAGUGUCCAUACAUUUAUCAUAGUCCUGAAAGCUAGUUUUUGUGAUGUAUCUAAAAGAUUUCAUUUCUGCCACUUCUGCUGAUUGAAACCUGUAGCACUUAAACUUAUCUUUCAUUUCAGGAAACAAGUAUGGUGAGUAAGGAGACUGAGGAAGCAUUGUUAUGUCCUCCUCAUUAUUCUUGGUCAAUUUCCUUGUAACUGACUGCAGUUACAAGGAAAAAGAUAACAAAUCAAGUGAUGUAAGAAUUUUCUUUUAUUAAUCAGGUUCCUGUACAUGGUCCAGAUGGAUUCUUAAUGAUUUUUUCCAAUCAGUGAAAAGUUAGAAUAAAUCUAAUUUGUAAUCAGAAAUUAUCUCAUCUGAAUGAAAAUUUGAUUUGAAGAAAUAUAAAUGAGAUUUCUUCUUUUCUUCAAAAACAAUUUAAUCUUUUUCAAAGUAUGAGUUAUACUAUAAUAUUUAAAUGUAAUAGAGUAAACAACUUCAAACUAUUUGAAAUACACCAAGUUUUUAUGGAUGUUUAAAAAUUUUCAAUGUAAAUUAUGCCAGUCAUACGUUUUCCAUCAAACUUCUAGUUCUUGCAACACUUUUCCCAAGAACUCCUUACUCACAGAUGGGGCACAUCUACAUUUGAGAUUUUUUAAAAAAGUGAAAGUCUGGAGAUUUAGGUAGCCAGGCAACAUGUCUACCAUGGCCAAUUUAUUAUUGGAAAGUUUCAAAAAAUCUAUGACAGCACUGAAAAUUAGCCUGCUUUUUCUGGACCUGUGAGCGUCACCAUUUUCUUUAGUACACAAUCGCAUUAGUGCAAUGUUAAAGUCGUGCUUGUAAAAAAAAAACAGGAACUAUAAUAAUAGUUAUAGUUCCUGUUUUUCUUAACUAUUUUAAAUUUUUGUUUUUUUAGAAUUUAAACUAUUUGAAAUACAGUGGGUGAUUGGUUAACAAACAUAAUCCAUUCCAAGACUUUGUUUGCUAUCCGAAUUGUUCGUUAACCGAUUAUGAAUUUACAAUAGGUUUGUAUAGGAAUUUGAUUAAUUUGUACCAAAGACCCCAAAAAAUAAAAAAUAUACACUUUCUUACUACAUUUGUUUAUAUGUAAUAAUAAAAAUACAUAUAUACACAGACUUGCA